AUGAACGAACAUAUAUUAUUGCAAUCUUCGAAAAAACGGCGCGGAAGACCUCCAACAACGGUCGCAAGCAAAAUUCGCUCGACUUUUUCAAAUUGUCCCAUAGAGCAAACUUAUUUUCGAGAUUUUUCCGAUACUUUUAUUCCACAAAUAAAUUUUCCUGAUCUUUGGGCUUCACGAGGUACUAACGACGAAAACGGUGUGGAAAGCACAACUAUUGACCAGGUUAAUGAAACGACUGCACCACUUCGUUUAAAGCUGGUCGUACGUGAUGGUACCGACGACAAAUCCAAUAUGGCUUCAAUGAAGCCACCAAGAAAAAAGAAACCUAUUCCGAUGGAUCAUAAAGAAGAGUUGAACCUCUUAUUAAAAUUGGAAAAUAUUGAAAGACCUUUAUCGCCUAAAACGUAUAGGUUAAAAAGAAAAUUACAUCUCAGAAGGAUAAAACGAGGAUUAGGUUUAAAAAUUUUUGACAUUGACACGGUUGUUUCUGAUCAAAUGAGAUCAAAUUCUUCAUUAGAAUUAAUGGCAAUGACAGAAGAAAAUUCUCAUGAACCAAAGAAAAAUGAAGUUAAAAAUUUUGAAAUUAAAACUUCUGACAUUGAAUUUAUGGACCAGAUCACUAAAAUCACGCAUACCCCAUAUAAGAAUUCUUUUGCAUCAAGACUAUUUGGCAAUCCUCGUUUAGCAACUACUCUUACAGUAGAAGAGGCUUGGACUAGUCCCCUUCGUAGAAAGUUAAAGCCAUAUAUACGUAGAGAUUAUGAAACAAAGCCACCAAAACUAUGUUUAUUACAAGAAAUUGUCAAAUACGCUUAUCGCAAUGAGCCGGAUUGGCUGCCACCACCUUCUAGUCCUAUUGAUUUCUGUUAUUUUCAAAAGGAACAUUUGAAUCAAGUCAAUGAUUUACUACAGAGAUGUUUUUGGCCAAGUAUUGAUGUAUCUGAAAAUCUCCUUUUCCCAGAUUUUAGCGUUGUAGCCAUGUACAGGCGACUUGUGAUAGGAUGUGGGUUUAUGACACCGGAGGCUUAUAUCACGUACAUCGCUGUUGCACCCGGGUGGGAAAAAUCUGGAAUAGGACAAUUUAUGUUGUAUCACCUGGUUCAGACAAACAUAGGGAAAGAUGUAACUCUUCAUGUAUCAGCAAAUAAUCCAGCAAUGAUACUAUAUCAAAAGUUUGGCUUCAAACCCGAAGAAUUUAUCGUAAAUUUCUAUGACAAAUAUUUGCCUGAUGGGAGUUUAGGGUGUAAAAAUGCAUUUUUUGUACGGUUAAGGAGAUAG